AUGUUGUUACAUUAUACAUUAAACAUUAUAAGUAAGGGGUCAGGGGACGUUCAUAAAUUAUGUAACGCAAAAAUCCGCGAUUUUGUACAUCCCCCCUUAACACGUGUCAUCAUAACAUUGGAGCUUGGAGCCUUAGACCCCCUCUCGCGUUACAUAAUUUAUGAAUGGUCCCCUAAUCGGGGUAUUUAUUCAGAUUUCGAGGGAUUUUCAUAUCCAACUCGAAUUUUGGAGACGGAUGGAAACACGUUCCUCCUCCUGGGUCAGAUUUUUUCGGACGCCAUCUACUUCUGGAUGACCGUGUUGGGCAGUAAGAAAACAGCGGAAAAGUACUUGUUUGAGUUCAAGGUGUACAAACCGACGAAAGGAGAGAAGGAGGUCAAUGUGCUGUGGACCAUUCCGGUCUUGGCGUUUCAAGACCGACCAAAGUACGUGGUGGGGGCGCCCUUCUAUGUAAAAAUCGUGCCUGGAAUGGCCCAGGAAUUUGGAAUUGAAGGGCUCAAGGCCAAAUUGAAGCGAUAUAUUCCCUCCGCAUACCGAAUUUUGUAGGAAAUUUGGCUUAAUAAGGAGUGUUAAGGUAAUAUGACGUAAUAAAUUUGAUGGUAGAAAUAUUGGGGAUGCGGAACCGCAAUUUUAGAUUUCCCUAUCCCUCCAAGAUUAUUGAACUCCUCCCC